ACUGAUGGAGUGAAAGUAGAAGCCUUUUGAGCAGAUAUAAAUAUGAGCAAAGACUAGACAAUUGAUGGCAUAGAAUUUUAAGACAAGCUUCUAGCAGAAAGUAGGAGAUCAUUUUUCUAUAUUGGCUGGCUUGCAUGAUGUCAUUAGGAAUAAUGGCAGAAAAUAUGGGUUGGGGAGUGGUGGAAGAAGGGUGGCGAAAAGGGCCUUGGACUGCUGAGGAAGAUAGAUUGCUUACUGAGUAUGUUAAGUUGCAUGGCGAAGGACGAUGGAACUCUGUUGCUCGCCUUCAAGGUUUGAAAAGGAAUGGAAAAAGCUGUAGGUUAAGGUGGGUAAAUUACUUGAGACCAGACUUGAAGAGAGGCCAAAUCACCCCACAUGAAGAAAAUAUCAUCAUUGAGCUUCAUGCUAGAUGGGGAAACAGAUGGUCUACCAUUGCAAGAAGCUUGCCAGGAAGAACAGACAAUGAGAUUAAGAACUACUGGAGAACUCAUUUUAAGAAAAAGAGUAAGGUUUCACCUGGCGACGGAGCCAAAUCCAAAGCAAGAGUACUGAGGAGGCAACAAUUUCAACAGCAACAACUUCUACUUCAACAGCAGCAGAAGCAAUAUGAGGUGGACAUGAAAAGGGUCAUGUCCAAUUUACAAGACGGAAGCCAAGAACGAAUGCCAUCUCUGCCUCUUCAGCAACUUAUGAUGAAGCCGCAAGACAGCAUGGGUAGUUCAAAUAGUUAUCCACAUACAGGUGACCAUGAUCAAGAGAAUGGACAUUCGUCUAUGGCUAUGAUUAGUUUCAAUGGCUAUGCCUCUGUCGCAGAGUCCUCUAAUGAACAAGAUAUCUUCUGGGAUGGCAGUUUGUGGAACUUGGAUGACUUCCAGGGCAAUUAUAGUGCUGUUUCUGCAGCAACUAGAGCAACUCUGCAGAGUUUAGCUACCCCCCUUUUUUGAUAUCUAAACUGCUAAUAAGGAAUUAGUAAAACCAGCUACUCAGCCAAGCCAUAAGUGAAAUUAGUUUUUUAGUUACACUUAAAUGAAAUGCAGUGUUUGUACUCGUUACACAAGACUUCCGCAUCAAAAACGUUCUAUGGAAGAUCCUAAACGCUCUUAUGUUUUCACAGUUGAAAUCGUUGAUAUAAUAACAAGCAGAGACUUGACUAUCACGAUGCCAUGUAUGGCCUUCCUUCUAUGAGAUACAAUUCUGGGCUACGAAGAAGUGUGAGCUACUCUUCAAUUUCAACCUUGUAUACUCCUAUUGUUACAAGGAGGUGGUCUUCAGUACCAGAACUGUACAAUAGUUGAGUGAAAUGUAUAAUACACAGCCCUAUAUACAGUA